AGAGCUGCAGGUUCAGACUUUGAACAGAGUUGUGUAAAAUGAAGAGAAGUUGUUUUGACUUCAUGACAGACAAAGUUUCAGGAAUCCUUAGGUGUGUGUGUGUGCGUGUGUGUGGGUAAUGAGUGACUGAAAGGAGGAAGAGUGGACAGAUCACAGCUGGCGUCUGGUUUGUUAUCUGAACUGACCCGUCUGACCGUGACGGUGGUCACUGCUACUGCCGCGUCACAUGGAUGGGGAUCUCGCGGACAACAUGACUGUCGGCUGGACUUGGAUUUGUGGACUGUUGGCUGCCGUCAGUGUCGUCGUGGCGACCAGAAACUAUGACUAUCCGCUCCGCUGCGAGUGCCACGGCAGAGCCCGGGUUUGUGCCUGGGACUCAGAGGGGCUUGCUUGUGUGGACUGCAAGGGGAACACGGAGGGUCGCCACUGCGAACGCUGCAAGGCCGGUUUCUACUCCCAACGGCCAGAACUGAGCUGCCGCCCGUGCCACUGCGACCCGAGAGGGUCUGUAAGUUCGAACUGUGACCCAAGAGGGCGCUGCCGCUGCAAGGACGGAUUCAGUGGGGAUAAGUGUGACCAGUGCCCAGAUGGGACCAUCAGGCCUGAGGGCUGUGUCCGAAGACGUGUGAGCAGAGAAGAGUCACGGAGUCCUGUCUGUUUCUGCCAUGGCCACACAGACCAAUGUGUCCAACAAGUCGGCUUCUCCAUACACAACAUCAGCUCCACCUUCAGCAGCGGUGUGGAUGGUUGGAAGGUCACCAAUGCAGAUGGGGUGACUCCAGCCAAUGUACGCCUCCGCUGGUCGCCUAAACAUGAGGAUGUGGAGGUGAUCUCUGAGAACAGCCGACCUGUUUACUUCUACGCCCCAGCCUCAUUCCUCGGGAACCAGUUACGAAGCUACGGUCAAACCUUUUCCUUCGCCUUACGUUUGGACCGCAUCACUCGGAGCCCGUUGGCUACCGACGUGGUUUUGGAAGGUUCUGGCCUUCGAGUAUCCACAUCGUUGGGUGAGAUGCGGCAGGUCGCACCAUGUGGAACCAAGUUCCUUUACACUUUCAGGCUGGAUGAACAACCCGGCAGCAGCUGGCAUCCGAAAUUGUCUUCGGUCCAGUUCCUAACUUUGUUGUCGAACCUCACUGCCAUCAAGAUACGAGCCACUUCUGGGGAACAUGGACGGGGCUACCUGGACAACGUGGGACUGGUGUCCGCACGGCGUGGAGAUGGAACCCCGGCUCGCUGGGUGCAGACCUGCAGCUGUCCUCCUGGAUACAUGGGGGACUUCUGUGAGCAGUGCUCAGCAGGUUUCAGGCGGCAGACCCCGGCGCAAGGAGCCUUCAGCACCUGCGUUCCCUGCAACUGCAGAGGAGGCAGCUGUGAUCCGCUGACCGGAGACUGCUACUCUUCUGAUGAGACCCCUGGGGAGCUUGUCUGUUCACCAGGGUUCUACAGGGACCCAUGGAGGCCCCACACCUGUGUGAAGUGUCCCUGUCCACCUAGGGAAUCCUGCUCACUGCCAGUCGGAUCUCUGACUCCCAUCUGUCACGUGUGCCCGACAGGGACCACAGGCGUGGACUGUGCCGAGUGUCAGGAGGGAUUCUACGGUCGCCCUGAUGAGCAGCAACCCUGCAGACCCUGUCAGUGUAACGGACACAUUGACGUCAGGGUGGCAGGAAGCUGUGACCGCAGAAGCGGGGAAUGUCUGAAGUGUCUGAACAACACGAUGGGGCCCAAGUGUGACGUGUGUCUGCCUGGGUUUUACCACAGCCGAGCCACAGAAUCCUGCAAACCAUGCAACUGUGACGUUGAGGGUUCAGAUCACGGCCAGUGUGACAAGAACGGCCGCUGCGAGUGUCGGGUCGGAUUCCAGGGUCUGAAGUGUCAGCAGUCCAACUGUCCCUCCUGUUUCAAUGCAGUCAAAGCCAAGUUGGCCACACUUGCGGCCAAGCUGCAAGAGCUCCAGAACCUCGUUCCUAAGGAGGGAGAGACACCGAAACCCACAGAUACUGCAGAGAUAGAAGCUCUCCUGAAAGGCCUUGAGUUCCUGGUGGAUGAAAUGCAGGACACCAGGAAUGAGCUGGCAGAAUCUGAGAAGCGUCUACAGACGCGUCUGACCUCGAACAACCGGCUCCGGGUAGCCGAGGACAAGAACGUCCAGAAGGUGGAGGACAUUGCUGCUGGUAUCAAGGAGAAACAGAAAACAUACCAAACAAAAGUAACACAACUCCAGGAUUUGAUGGCCAACCUGAGAAAACAGCUGGAGGAUGCCAAGAAGGACCUGCUAGCAGCUGAGCUUCCGAGCGGCGACAAUCCCGUGACCUCGAAUGAGCUGAGGCCGCUGGCGGAGACCGCCAAGGACCUUGCAGAGGAACAUCGUGAGACGGCAUCAGCGACAGAGCAACAGGCGGGUGAUGCCCUCAGCGACUCCCGUAAGAGCCUGGAUCUGGUCAAGACCCUGAUGCCCCGGGAGCACAAAGUCAAAGAGCUGAUAGACAACUUGAAGUCGGCGUAUGACGAGACGGCGGCCAAGGUGAGGAGUCUGGAGAACCAGGGGGUGCGUCAGAGUGGUGAGGCCCGGGACGAGAGCAAGAUCGCCAAAGGAAUCCUGAAGGAGGUCAUGCGUCUGGAGGGGGAUUUGCCUGAGGCCCCCCAGGGAGAGAUGGAUGCGACACUCGACAGACUAGAACAGGUGAAGAAGGUGGUGGACGACACCAUCUCUGGGUACGAGGCGCUGCAGGACCGUGUGCAACGGGAAAAGGAUACCGUUGACAACCUACUGGCUGAAAAUGACGCUGCGAAACAGAAGUUUGACGACCUUGUUGACCGAGUCAAAGACGCCGAUGCUCAGACGACGGAGGCCCUGAAGCGCAUCAAGGACCGCACCAGCGAGCUGGACAACUCCCUGAACACUGUGAGAGGCUUUGACAAGCAGAUUAAAGAUAGCAGCAACCAGGCAGAGGACUUCAUCAAACGCCUACCUGCCAUCGACGCCACCAUCAAGCGGGCCGUCAGGGACAACAAUGAGCUGAAGCCACAGAAGAAGCAAGUGGAGGACGACCUCAGCAAAGGCAAGGAGACCAUCAACCAACUGGACGAUCUGGUCAACGAUGUGGAGGGAACGCUCAGAUCAUUGCCGCCGCUCACCGGCCUCAAGAAUGACGCCACCAAGUUGCACAAGGAAGCGAAGGACCUGAAGGACAAGACGAGUCGCACUGCAGCCGGUCUUGGUUCCGAGCUUGCAGAAGCCAAGAAGCGGGAAAAAGACGCCCAGGAGGCUUCUGAUAAUGCAGCUGAAGCGUCGGACAACAGCAGGCGCGCGGUGGACGACGUGCGAAAGACACUUCAGCACGUCACUCGUUUGCUGGACCAGGCCAACCAGCCGGGCACCGUGGACGAGGCUGACGUGAAGCGGCUGGAGGAAGCGCUUUCCAACUUACAGAAGGAUGUGAACGGAAGCCUGAAGCCACGGCUGGACGACAUGGAGGAUCAGGAGGAGGCAUACCGGCGACGCCUCAACACCAUCGACCAGGACAUCGGCACCAUCUUAGAAGACAUUAAAAAUCUGGAGGACAUCCGCGAUAAGAUUCCCGAAGGAUGCUUUAACAGUCCACCCAUCGAGCUGCCGUGAAGUGACACCCUCUUUCUCACCUCACACCAAGUCACCGUCAUCCGUCCCACAGUUCCCACCAUACAUAGCGGCUGGCUAGUUCCUAUGGAGCUGUGGGUUCCUUGGAGCUACAUGCUGUUCCUUUGUAAGUCGCUCUGGAUAAAAGCACUGAAUGAUGUGUAAGUAAUAGUGUCUGAGCUGAGCCUGCCCACUGAUGCCACACAUUGGCCGAUGAUGCAGCUACAGCUUUCACAACCACUUGUGUUGACACCAAUGUUUUAUUUAUACUUGUACGUUGUAUCUUUUUGUAACUUUAUAUUAUUCCAUAU